AGUAUAAACAUUAUUAUAUUUGUUUUGAAUUAUUAAUUAUUGUUUAUGAGAUCAAAUUAUGGACCAGCAGGCUCAAUUAUUGCAACAGCACAAAAUAUUAGAUAACAGCAAAGCUAAGGAUGCUCAAAGUUUGAGUCUACAAGCUCAGCUAGGGGAAAAGAACAAAUUGGAACGGAACAGUUUCCAAACAGUGAAGGAGGUUUUUCCAAACUCAAACCUAACUGAACAUGAGGAUGAAUUGGCAUUAGGCGAACACAGUCAGUUAUUCAGUCUACCACCUGACAGUGUGUUAAAUUUAAAUUCUGUUAGUGCUGCACAAAAAGAAUCGUUAGUAAUAAGCCCAUGCAGUGAAGGAAGUGAACAAUUGUGGGACCGUAUUUGGGCCGAAAAUGGGUGUGGUACGGAAACCAAGAUAUGGCACAAGUUCAACAUGAAACAUGGAUUAGAAUUUAAUGGGGGAUCAAAUCAAGUCUGGAAGUGUUACAGGAUGGAAGAGUCAGCCUACAGAUGAAAAAACAC